CAGAGAAGGGACAAAAUGGCGCCGCGAUUCAAACGCUGCGCGCUGCGUGCCGGCGGGGGGGCGGCGGGGGGGGGGCGGUGUCCCGGCGGGGUUCACUGCGCCUGCGCCUGGAGUUGCAAGAUGGCGGACAGUGCGGAACUAAAGCAAAUGGUUAUGAGCCUUAGAGUUUCUGAACUGCAAGUACUUCUGGGUUACGCGGGAAGGAACAAGCACGGACGAAAACACGAACUUCUCACAAAAGCACUGCAUUUGUUAAAGGCUGGCUGCAGUCCAGCUGUACAAAUGAAAAUCAAAGAACUCUAUAGGCGAAGGUUCCCUCAAAAAAUCAUGACACCUGCAGACUUAUCUAUCCCCAGCGUACACUCGAGCUCCAUGCCAGCAACUUUGUCUCCGUCUACCAUUCCACAGCUCAGUUACGAUGGCCACCCUGCCACGUCACCAUUGCUUCCUGUUUCGCUUCUGGGACCUAAACAUGAACUGGAACUCCCCCAUCUCACAUCUGCGCUCCACCCUGUCCAUCCUGACAUAAAACUUCAGAAAUUACCUUUUUAUGACUUGUUGGAUGAGCUGAUAAAACCUACCAGCCUAGCAUCAGAUAAUAGUCAGCGAUUUCGAGAAACCUGCUUUGCAUUUGCACUGACGCCACAACAAGUGCAGCAGAUCAGCAGUUCAAUGGAUAUUUCUGGGACCAAAUGUGACUUCACAGUACAGGUCCAGCUAAGGUUUUGUUUAUCAGAAACCAGUUGUCCACAAGAAGAUCACUUCCCACCUAAUCUGUGUGUGAAAGUAAAUGGGAAACCAUGCAGCCUUCCAGGCUAUCUUCCACCAACCAAAAAUGGUGUUGAACCAAAGCGACCUAGCCGACCAAUCAACAUUACCUCACUCGUCAGAUUAUCUACGACGGUACCAAACACAAUUGUUGUUUCAUGGACUGCAGAGAUUGGAAGAAACUAUUCCAUGGCAGUCUAUCUUGUAAAGCAGCUGUCCUCUACGGUGUUACUGCAGAGGUUGCGAGCAAAAGGAAUACGGAACCCUGAUCAUUCUAGAGCACUAAUUAAAGAGAAACUGACUGCUGAUCCAGACAGUGAAAUAGCAACAACAAGCUUAAGAGUUUCUCUUCUUUGUCCACUUGGUAAAAUGCGGCUAACUAUACCAUGUAGGGCCCUGACUUGUUCACACCUGCAAUGUUUUGAUGCCACUCUGUAUAUUCAAAUGAACGAAAAGAAACCAACCUGGGUUUGCCCUGUCUGUGACAAGAAGGCUCCCUAUGAACAUCUCAUUAUUGAUGGGUUGUUCAUGGAAAUCCUGAAGUAUUGUACAGAUUGUGAUGAAAUUCAGUUUAAGGAGGAUGGAUCGUGGGCUCCUAUGAGAUCGAAGAAGGAAGUACAGGAAGUAACUGCAUCUUACAAUGGAGUUGAUGGAUGCAUAAGCUCUUCCUUGGAGCAUCAGGUGUCUUCUCACCAACAGUCAAAUAAAAAUAAGAAAGUAGAAGUGAUUGAUUUAACCAUUGAUAGCUCAUCAGAUGAAGAGGAGGAAGAACCAUCUGCAAAGAGAAGCUGUCCUUCCAUAUCUCCAGCAUCACCAUUAAACAAUAAGGGCAUUUUAAAUUUACCCCAUCAAGCAUCUCCUGUGUCAAGAACACCAAGCCUUCCUGCUGUUGACACUAGCUACAUCAAUACAUCACUUAUCCAAGACUACAGGCAUCCAUUCCAUAUGACACCUAUGCCUUAUGACUUGCAAGGUUUAGAUUUCUUCCCUUUCCUGUCAGGAGACAAUCAGCAUUACAACACAUCCCUUCUUGCUGCUGCAGCUGCGGCAGUUUCUGCAUCAGAUGAUCAAGAACUCUUACACUCUCGUUUUUUCCCAUACACUUCAUCUCAGAUGUUUCUCGAUCAGCUAAAUGCAGGAGGAAGCAGUUCUCUGCCAGCCACAAAUGGUAGCAAUAGUGGCAGUAACAGCAGUCUUGUUUCCUCCAACAGCCUGCGAGAGAAUCAUGGUCAUCCAGUUGCAAGUAGGAGCAGCACGGACACGGCGUCUAUCUUUGGUAUCAUACCGGACAUUAUUUCGUUGGACUGAUUUUUGGAGUAAAUGAACUCGUCAGAGGAAAUCUUUGUGCUUGGUUUUACUUUAUGUUAGAAACAUAGACAAGUUUUUUUCCUUUUUUAGGGAAAAAAAUUUAUGUGUACAGAGAACAAAAGUAUAUUUUCAGUUUUACUUUUGUAUAUAAACCUAAGAUGGCCUCACUGGUAAAAAUAAGAAAAAAAACCACAAAACAAAAAAAAAAUUAUCAAAAACAAGGAGCUUCAGUUCAUUUUUAUGGAUGCUGAAGAUUUUACACCUGUGCAUUUGUCAUGGAGUUACUUUUUUUUUCCCCAUAGUUUGGACACAAAUGGCAUUAUUUUCUUCACAGUAACACAAACAGAAAAGGAGCUGAACUUCUAAAGUUCAAACUUGUGAGCGGGUGUUUUCUCCUCUUGGAGACAUUUACCUUUGGUGGUGGGAUCUAAUUCCCCACCCCAUAUUUAGUGCAGAAUUUAUUAUUAUGCUUAAAGCGGAAUAAACCCUACCCAAACUGUUCCACAGCAUCCCCUCUGUUUGCAGGACAGAGCCUUUCAGGAGUGGGUUUGGUGUUUCAGGAUUUUUUUUGUCAUUUCUGGUUCUAUGUGACCCUCUAUUCAGACAAUUUUUUUUUUUAAUUCCAUGCUUUAGUCAAGCAUGUUGCAAGCUCAUUAGUGCACCAAUUAUUCUUGAGGGCCAGACUCAAUAAAAUCUCAGGCUGAGGAAAUUACUUGGCUGUGUUUAUGUGGGACAGGACAAUUUUUAUAGAAUCUAGCCCAAAAUAAAAGCAUUGACACAUUGGACUGUAGGGUUUUGUUUCUAAGAACUUACUAUGAAAUCCUUUUAAAAUAACUUAAGAUCCUGAUCAGCAAAAUAUUAAGCAUGUGUCAGUUUUAAAUUUGUGGAACUGCUUGUGCUUUAAAAUUAGCCAUGCGUGUAUAAAUGGCCUAUUGAGUGGAGGCCUAUCUUGUUCUGUCUGGAGAAACCUACUUUUAGCUGCAGUAGAUCAAAUUUCUGCUUAAAAGUGAACUUGUCAACAAAAGGAAGAAAAUACAAAUACCAACACGCUAUUGCAUGGUUUGUGCAGCUGAUAAUGGUCUUACAGUGUCUCCUGAGUUCACAUUCGUCAGAAUUAAUAUAUAAUGUUCAAUGUGAGUCUCUUAAACCAAAAACCAACCCAAUAAAAAAGCACCACCCUGUA